GUUCAGGUACUCCCUCACUUACGACGUUCGAAGACACGAAAUGGAGUUGACGGCAAUAGACUGAGGAAUACUACAGUUGCGCCUCAAUAUUAUGCAUUUUUUUAUGUCAUCGUUCGUAUUAUAGUACAGUUAAUAACACUACAAUCGACCAAAACCACUAGGAAAGAAGAAUGAAAAUGUUUUGGACAUUAGUCGUCGCCGCCUUAUUGGCGACAGAGUCCACCAUGGCUGUCUCUGUCCAAUGUCCUCAGAAGAGGUACAUUGUCAUCCUCUUCCAGCCUGUGACCCUCGUCUGUAACUACCAACUGUCAGUUGGCAAUCAGCCCCCUGUUGUCACAUGGAGAUACAAGUCGUAUUGUCGGGACCCGAUCCAAGCUGCGCUCAAUCCCAGCAGUGCAGAUAACAUCCUGGCUCAGAACAACCCCAAUUUUGACGCCAACAUUGAGUGUUCUGACAGCCAGCGUACAGUGCGGAUAGUGGCCUCCAAGCAAGGCGAUGCUGUCACCCUUAGCCAAGAAUACCAGGGGCGCAAGAUCACCAUUACAAACAAUGCAGACUUGAAUAUUGCGCAGACCGCAUGGGGAGACAGCGGGGUCUACGUUUGUUCUGUGACCUCUUCCCAAGAUCUUUCAGGAAAUGGUGAAGACUACACGGAACUCAUCGUUUUGGAGAGAAAGUCAAAUACUACUGACCUCCUGCCUGGCAUUGACUUACUGGUUAUGGAAGACUGGCUCCUGGUUGUUUUGGUGGUACUGGGCUUUUUGUUGCUCCUGCUCCUGAUUGGGAUCUGCUGGUGCCAGUGUUGUCCACAUACCUGCUGUUGCUAUGUCAGUUGCCCCUGCUGCCCCGAUCGCUGCUGCUGUCCACGGGCAUUGUACGAGGCAGGAAAAGCAGUGAAGAAAGGUCUUCCCAGUCAGUACGCACCCACCCUUUAUGCUCCGAGUAUGUAUGCUCAACCAGCAUACGCUGGUCAGCCUGCUAUGCCCCUGCUUCCUCUGCCCAAUGGAGCUGGGCAGCCACACUCUCUCAAUGGUUACAGGCCUGAAUACGAUGGCGCUAGCUCAGUGGGACAAGGGUCCCAAGUGCCUUUGCUGCACAAUCAAGACGCUGGAGGGGAAUACACACGCAGUGGAUAUCGAAUCCAGGUGGACCCUGAUGGGACUGCCACUCGUGCCAUUUACUAUAUGGAGAAAGAGCUGGCCAAUUUGGACCCAUCCAGACCUGCCAACUACAAGCGUUUGGACAAUAUGAGUGAAGUCAGUUCCCUGCAUGAUAGCUUGGAGCCUCGAGGCCGUGGCGGUCAUUCCCAGCCGCCACCUCUGCCCACAGUCUAUGAUCGGGAUGAAGCCAUGAGCACUAUCAGCAGUGUUUCCCAACAAGGCCACCGCCGUGAUGACUAUCCACGUCGUGGUGGAGGUCCCAUGGAGAAUCGCGCACGUGCCCGCUCCAUGGAUAACCUUGACGACAUUGGACGGCGUUACCCUCGAGACAACUACCCACCUCAACGACGUCCAGAUGAGAUCAGAGGCAGGAGAGGCUCGGAUGAUGAGUGGAGCAGCAGCGCUCGCAGUGGCUACAGUCGCAAUGACGAUGACCGCAGACGUCGUGACUACUCCCCUGAUGAUCGUCACAGAAGAGAGGGAGGGGCCUAUGGUGGCCUUUCAGGACGCCGCAGCCGCAGCCGUGACGACCUAAUGGAACUGGAGAGGGGUCACCGACGUGGUAGCGUUGGCAGGGGCGGCCGGGAUGAAUAUGAUGACAGUUUCCUGCGAGAAGCUAUGGAGAGGAAGAGGAUGGGUGAGCAGCAGAGGGCACGCAGCCGAGAGCGCCUGGACAGCGAGAGUGACCGCUCCGAUCGGGGAAGGGCGCCACGUGGACCCCCGCCACUUCCUAUGAACCCGCCCUCUGGAUACCCCAAUCACCGCGACGACUUCCCACCUCCCCCACCCCCACCAUAUAGUGAGGAUGGCAGUGUGUCCUCUUCAAAGAAAAGCAACCUCCGCAAGAAUGGAGCUGUGAGUCGGGAGAGCCUGGUUGUAUAAAAUUAACCAUGACGUGAGCAACUAAGUCUAGCAUCUUUAAUCUAUCUGGAAAAGACUAGCUGGUUCCUCCAAAUGUAAAUAUUAAUCACAUUGCUAACUUGCUGUGCUAAUUUUUAUAUGUUUCACAAUUAAUACUGAACAAAUUUAAGCUAAAUGUGAUUGUAUAUUUUUCUAACAAUGAAGAGGUGCAUGACUGAAAUGUGCCUUUUCUUUUAUAAAACUUUGUGGCUGCCACAAGUGCCUUAGCAUGUACAGACUUUUACUUGUAGAAAGUCAAGUUGAGAAAUGAUUCUCUUCUUGACAAGUGAACAUGUUUUGAUCGUGUUUUUAAGUUUUUACCAUUUAGGUAGUUUCUGUUAAUGGAUAACAGAUACAGAUAGAUUUACAGGGAACUAACAAUUUAUGAUGUUGUUAUUGUACUAUUUUUUUAUAAGAAACGAUGUACAUUCAUCUUUGCUUUUAGUCAUGAUAGUGUCUUCUCACUGUAUUUAGAAAUAUGCUAUUGACUGUCAUUUUUGUGUCUGCUUGUAUUCUUUUUUUUUUAGACAAAAUUAUUGCAAGAAAUUUGCAGUUUUAACUCUCAGUAUAUUGUACAGACCACCAGCAAUACAAUCUGAAAAUACAAAUGUUUAUUAUUAUGUGUUGAAAUUUUACAAUAAAUGUCUCUUGCCAGGCUAUUCAUUUCA